CUCCCUCUCGUCUCGUCUCAGCAUGGGCGCCGCCUCCUCCUCGCCCGCGCAGGACAGCCAGAGCCGCGCCUCUGCCGCGCAGGCCAAGCUGUCCGACAAGGUUGCGUCGGCCAUGCCCUCCUCCUCCUCUGCGCCCUCGGCCGCCUCGUCGGCCGCGCCGAGUGCGGAGCGGCAGAGCGCGCUGGACGCGUCGGUGCGCGACAAGAUCGCCGCCGAGCUGCGCACGCUCAAGAAGAACGAGAAGGACGUCGAGGCCGAGAUGCGCGCGGCGCUCGAGCGCCAGGAGGCGCCCGAGAAGCAGGCGCAGGGCAAGAGUGCAGAGGCGCUGCGGCAGCAGCUGAGCGACGUGCGGGAGAAGAUCGAGCGCCACAAGAGCCGGCGCGCCGGCGUCGAGGGCGAGAAGGAGGUGCAGGAGGCGCGCCAGCGGGUGCUGGAGUGCCUCAAGAACCACCCGAACACGACGCUGGAGUGCGCAGAGGAGACGCAGGCGUUCAAGCGCGCCGUUGCGCGUGCCGAAAAGGGCUUCAUCGCCUCGCUCUCCUCGUCCGCUGCCCAGCAGGAGUCUGCCUCAGGGCGCGCGUGAG